AUGCAGUUCGGUCAAGUUCCCCACGGAGCUGCUUCAUCGCAUUCAACUGCGUUCAGUGAUGGAAUGUCAUCAGGCAGUAGAUCUCCUCCUUCUUAUCAACAUGACUCAAGCAGUUCAUAUGAGGAUAGUUCCUCUUCUUCAUCCAUGAAUUGUCGCCAUUCCUGUAAAGGAUCCGUCAAAUCAUUUUCUUCAUUCGAUUACAAUCGACGAACGAUUGGUGAAAGUUUCAAGCCAGGAAUGAAAGAUGUUCCUGCUUGGCUCAAAGCACUCCGAUUACACAAGUACACAGAAAUGUUCCAAACAAUGAGUUAUGAUGAAAUGCUCAACUUGGAUGAUGUUGAGUUAGAACGACGACAGGUUACCCAAGGAGCUAGAAAAAAGAUUCUUCAAUCUAUACAAAAGCUCAAAAAUCGUUCUAUCGCUAUUCGUGAACAAUAUCGAAGUCUUUCACAAAAUAUCGGAUGUGUCCGUUGCGCAAUUCUCACUCUGCGUCAGUUGCUCCUGACCCCGAUUCGCCUAUAUGUGCCUAAGUCUGGUGAGCCCAAAGAAUACGUUGAAGGCAAUACCAAUAUUGUUAAUAUCAGUGAUGACAAUAUCCCUGCUCUUCUCAUUAGACUUCUUGUAUCAGUCAGUCCUCUCGUCUUUCCUACUCAGAACGGAGAAGAAAUUGAAGAUAAUUAUUUGUCUAUCAUGUUUUCAAUAUAUGACAAAGUUGCUAAUAAUGAGGCUUUCCUCGAUUGUCAAAGGCGACGAGCAAUUCAACUCAAAAAACAAGCUCGUAGAUUUACUUCUCCACAAGAUCUCCGGAGGAAUAAUAACUCUUUUACUCACUCUUCGGUUAGAUGUGACAAUUGCCAACACAGGAACGUGCCCAAUAACGCAAACUGCGACUUCCUCCACAAGUCCAAUGGUUUCCAUGUCCCUAAUAAUGAUCGACGUGAUCGAACAGAAGCAUUUGUUUGUAGACCGCCGCAAAGAAUGUAUAAUAACCAUACUUUACAAAACGCCCAAAAACAGCCUUGGAUGAACAACAAUCCUCGACAAAACGCCAAUCUCAGACAAAAUGCGGAGACCACGCCUCUCUUUUCUGACAUGAUAUGGGGUACCUGUGCUCAAGAAGCCAGAUUAUCGGAGUUCAACGACUCAUACAACACCUUGCUAUCUAUGAACGGCCCAGCUGUUCAUGUCGCUAAACUUCCUCAGUAUCGUUCAAGCAGAUCAAAUCAGCAAAUGAUGGCUCCAAUCAAACAAAAUACGAAUGUUAUUGGAAACAGAGUGGCGAAUGAGGCUAACAACUUUUCUCGUCCUCACUUCUUCGAUGAGUACCAGACAACUUGGCAUGGUCAACUGAAGUUUAGAGAUGAACCCAGCUGGCCUGCAUCUAUUUACUCAACUCAAAUUGGGAAACUUCCGUCCGAAGAUUGUCAUAAAUCGUUCGCGUGGGGCUUAGCCCGUCUUGACAACUCUGAUAUGUCGGAUUAUUUAUCAUCAGCAAGCACGAGUGAACGUAGUUCAGACGCUGGAUCUCCUCGAUCAAGAGCAUCAAAUAACAGAACUGAAGACGACAGUCUACACAGGCUCCUGGAGAGUAUAGGAAGUAUGCGAACCUCUUACUAA